AUGCCUCACAAAGAGCCCAAUACGCCCGAGGCACAGACACGAGACUCAGCAGAACGUGUAGCUCGUAUUCAGGUCAAGAACCGCAGGAAAUUAUAUCUCGAUCGCCAUCCUUCAUAUUUCACUGCCCCUGACCUAGAGCUUGCAGACCCGUUAUUAUAUGACCGAUGCAUUAGAAGAUUUCAGUCUGCUGCGGAAAGAGAAGCAGAUGGACGAGCAAAGGGCUAUUCUGGUGUAUUGGAAGCAGAUCUGUAUCGAUCAGAGGCUAAACUUACUGCGUUGAAAGGCAACCUUGAUUCGUCCUCUAAAGAUGAAGAUGGAAGUGCUGGACGUAUUGAAGAAGAUCAUGGAGUUCCAUAUCUGAGCUAUGCAAGAGGCCAAAAUGGUGAAGUUUUACCUGAGGAUCCGGACGAAGUACCGAAGAGCAAAGAGGAGGGCUUCGAAAGGUGGAAGUUCGAAAUGACACUCAAGUUUCUUAGAGGAGAGGAUGAAGAAUUCGAUUAUCAAGAUGUAGAUGCCGGUGGAGAAUGGGAUGAGAUUGGAGAUAGGGACGUUGAAGAGCGAUGGUUCGAGGAUGAAGAACCGGAAUGGCUAGGGGAGGAAGACACUGGAGAAACAGUUGGUGGAGAAACUGGAAUACAAGAUUUUUGA